UGAAGUGGCCCCAUAGUGGAAGAAAACAAAAAUGGUGAAAAGGAUACCGAGGAUAGCACAUCACCGCACAAGUGGCAUUGAUUCACACGUCUACAUAUACGCUAUGCUGAGCAGAAGGAUCACGCUAUCGGCAGUGAAAAGAGGUGCCCAGCUCUACAGUGCCCGGUUCUAUAGUGCGCUGCCACAGGAGAAACGCAUCUUAAAGGCACCUUCUUUCGAUGUGAAGGGAAUAGUUUCCAACAUUGAUAGAGUUGUUGAGGUCUCAAAGUUGAGGGAGCUUCCAUCCACGGUUGUUGACAAACUACCUCAGAUACCUCUUCUGUACGAAGAGGUGAGACAAUUGCAGACAACGUUGAACACUGUCCUUAAGGAGAAGAAUGACGCACAGCGCUUGGUGAAGAAGGAGCUCAAGACCUCGGGGACUCCUUCCCAAGAGCUACAGAGCUUACAGCUCUCGUUGAAGACCAAGGAAAAGGAGAUCUCCACAGCACUGUCCACGAAGGAGAAGGAGCUCUACUCUCUGGUUGACUUGGUCCCUAAUGAUAUACACCCUUCCGUACAAGUUAAGGAGGAUAUAGUGCGGUGGUUGAAUCCAAGGUCCCAGUAUGAACCAGACUUGAAGCUAGAACACGAUAAGAUUGGCGUUGAAUUGGGUAUUCUCAACUUGAAAUCGGCUGCCACUGUCAGCGGAUCCUCUUGGUACUACCUUGUUGGAGAUGGUGCACUGCUUGAACAGGCCUUGGUGCAAUAUGCGCUGAAGCUGGCCCGUAAACAUGGCUUUAUCACGGUGUUACCACCUUCCAUCGUGAGAAACGAAGUAGCGGAUGCCUGCGGGUUCAAACCAAGAGACCAGAACAACGAGGUACAGACGUACCAACUAAUCAACGACGAUCUGUGUCUGACUGGAACUGCUGAGAUCCCGCUCGCCGGGCUUGGUAUCAACAGGCUGUUCUCUGAGAAGGAGCUUCCAGUCAGGGCUGUCGGUCUCAGCAGAAGCUAUAGAGCCGAGGCUGGCGCCAGAGGGAAGGACACCAGAGGGCUGUACCGUGUCCAUGAAUUCACCAAAGUUGAGCUGUUCGUAUGGGCCACGGAGUCCCAGUCGGAGAACGAGCUCGAGAAGCUUCGUACUUUCCAAGAGGAGUUCGUCUCUUCCCUUGGGCUCAGUGCCAAAGUCAUCAACAUGCCAUCCAACGACUUGGGCGCACCUGCUUUCAAGAAGUACGACAUCGAGGCCUGGAUGCCAGGCCGUGGCACCUUCGGCGAGGUCACUUCGGCCUCGAACUGUACGGACUACCAGAGCAGAAGACUGCAGACAAAGUACACCAGUCUGGCGGAUAACAAGAGGAAGUAUGUCCACACGCUGAACGGUACCGCCGUGGCAGUGCCUCGUGUAAUCGUUGCAAUCAUCGAGAACUUCUACAACCAUGAGACAAGAACUGUUGCAAUUCCACGGGUCCUACAGCCUUAUAUGGACGACAAGACCGAGAUCUCCACUCAGAGUAAACCGUUCUAAAUAGAUCAUUGAACUAAGUAAACUUGUAUAUAAACGCUUUGGCAACCCAGGCAACCGCGGAACGAUGAGCUGCUAUUAGUGCGCGCA